GGAGAUAUCCUCAGCUUGGGCCCUAACGCAGGGAGGAUUCUCGCUCGCUGGGGGUUGCACGACCGGCUUUGGGCCGUGUGCGGUCAUCAUCCCGGGCUCAACCUCCACAACCAUCUCGGCGAACUCGUCCGCUUUCAGAAGUCCGAACAGCCCAUGUUUGGCGCAUAUAGCUAUAACGGGCAUCGUGCCGAGAUCCAUGGCAUCUUAUUCGAACAUGCGCUCGAGCUCGGCGUCAACAUCCGCAUGGGUGAGGAAGUGGCGGAGUACUGGGAAGAUGACGCGCGAGGUGCAAGCGGUGUCACGUUGAUGGGUGGCGAAGAGCUUGAAGCAGAUGUAGUCGUCGCGGCUGAUGGAGUGAGAAGUUUUGCGCGCAAGUUCGUUUUGAACUAUCAAGACAGACCGAAGCCGUCUGGCUAUGCCGUGUACAGAGCCUGGUUCGACGCUGCCGAACAGGGUGUUGAUAAGGACCCGCUUACUCGGCACAUGGUCACAGACGGGGAUGUGUUCUACGGCUGGAUAGGCCAAGACGUCCACAUGCUCACUUCGUCCAACCUCGGCGGCAAGACCAUCUCAUGGGUCAUCACGCACAAAGACGACACCGGACUUCUUGAUACGUCUUCUCUCCCAGGCAAGAUGGAGGACGUCCUCAAAAUAGUCCAAGGAUGGGACCCGCGCUGCGCUGCUAUCCUAUCCAAGGCGCCUGAGUGCGUCGAUUGGAAGCUAACAGUUCACGACCCUCUGCCAACGUGGAUCAGCAAAAGCGGGAGGAUCAUCCUCAUUGGCGACGCUGCGCACCCCUUCUUGCCCACGAGCGCCCAAGGUGCUUCGCAAGCCAUCGAGGACGGCGUCACUCUCGCAGUUCUGCUUCAGCUGGCAGGUAAGCAGAACGUACCAGUCGCACUGCAGGCUUGGGAGAAGAUCAGGUACCAGCGCGUUCGCGACUCACAGGUCAUGGGCGAGUCGACGCGUGACAAAUGGCAUCAGGCGAAGCCCGAGGACAAGGGCGAGAAGCUCGAUAUGCCACGACCUGCGUGGCUAUUUGCGUUUGAUGCGGAGGCACACGCCUACGAGGUAUACGACGAUAUUAGGGAGGAGAUCGAGCGAGAGGGUUAUAGUCUUCCGACUCUGGCCUGA